GAUGUAAUUGACUGAGUCGGCAAUUAUAAAUAUCGGGCUGUCCGUUUCCCUUUACAUAAACAAACUGCAGAGAAGAAAACUGCUCUCUCUGCUUCCUCUUCCUCUCUGCGAAGCAAAAAUGAAGUCUUCCUCAAGCCCCAGAAGGAAAGCUCGGGGCUUGGUGAUGGCACUGUUGAAUACGUUAAUCAUGCUACUUUUCGUAUCCAUGGAAGACAUCGAGGCCCAGAGGGUCAGGAAGAAGCCGGACUGCCUUGAAUACGAGGCCAUCAGCUGCCGGGCACACAGCGCGUCCCUCACGGACUUUGGGGCGGUCAGCGAUGGAGCCACCUCCAACACAGCUGCGUUCCAGGCUGCGGUCAACCACCUGAGCCAGUUCGCGUCCGAUGGCGGCUCCCAGCUCUUCGUCCCGCCCGGCAAGUGGCUGACCGGAAGCUUCAACCUGACCAGCCACUUCACGCUCUUCCUCCACCGGGACGCCGUGAUUCUUGCUUCUCAGGAAGAGAGCGAAUGGCCUGUUAUCGAUCCACUGCCAUCCUAUGGCCGGGGAAGAGACGCCGAAGGCGGGAGAUAUGCUAGUCUGAUUUUUGGAACCAACCUCACCGAUGUUAUCAUAACAGGGGACAACGGCACCAUCGAUGGUCAGGGUGCCCUGUGGUGGGACAAGUUCCACAAAGGGGAGCUGAACUACACGAGGCCUUACCUCAUUGAGAUCAUGUACUCUGAUAAAGUUCAGAUUUCCCACCUCACUCUCCUCAACUCCCCUUCUUGGAAUGUCCAUCCUGUUUACAGCAGCAAUGUGAUUGUUCAAGGCAUCACGAUCAUCGCGCCGGUGCAUUCCCCCAACACCGAUGGAAUCAACCCGGAUUCUUGCACAAAUACCCGCAUCGAAGACUGCUAUAUUGUAUCCGGUGAUGACUGUGUGGCGGUCAAGAGCGGCUGGGACGAGUACGGGAUAGCUUAUGGGAUGCCCACCAAGCAGUUGGUUAUCAGACGACUCACUUGCAUUUCCCCCACGAGUGCAGUGAUUGCACUAGGCAGUGAGAUGUCGGGCGGGAUCCAGGAUGUUCGAGCAGAGGACAUCCUCGCCAUCGACUCGGAGUCCGGGGUCAGGAUAAAGACUGCUGUUGGCAGAGGGGCAUAUGUGAAGGACAUCUACGUGCGAAGAAUGACCAUGAAAACGAUGAAGUGGGUGUUUUGGAUGACUGGCAAUUAUGGUUCCCACCCCGAUAACAACUACGACCCUAAUGCCAUUCCCGUGAUCCAGAACAUCAAUUACCGCGACAUGGUCGCCGAGAACGUGAUGAUGGCAGGGAGGCUCGAGGGGAUUCCUGGGGACACAUUCACUGGGAUCUGCAUAUCGAACGUGACUAUCACGCUGACAAAGAAGCCACAGAAACUCCAGUGGAACUGCACUGAUGUCGCAGGGAUUACAAGCGGAGUGGUUCCAAAGCCGUGCGAUCUGCUGCCAGACCAGGGCCCUGAGAAGCCGAUAACAUGUGAAUUUCCCGAAGAUAGGCUCCCAAUUGAGGAUUUGGAGCUAGAAACAUGUUUUUACAGAAGAAGCCACUGGUGACGAAGGAAUAGAAGCUCCGAAUCUCUCUCAUUAUACUUUACAUUGAAUUGUCACUGCGCCAAAUCGAAGGUUUUUCUUCAUAUAUAGAAAGUUGAUAUCCACAAUAUUUAUUUCGUGAUUGCGACAAUAGAAAAUCGUAUGACAUGAAUGGAACAAAAACAUGACAAUGUCCGAUGAGCGAA